AGCGGCGCCCGCUUACCAUUGCGCGCCUCAUAUCUACAUGGGUAACGCGCCUGGUGUUUGUGUCUCCCGGGCUGUUCGGACUUGGCAGAAUGAACUUCGGCUUGACCUUGGUACCGCCACCAACACCGGUAUUCAAGCUGAUGUGGACAUGGGAGGUAGUCAGAGAAGCACACCGGUACAGAAGAAAAGUCGUACAAUCCUAGAAGAGCGUUUGCGUACACUUAACAACAAUCUCAGCUCAGCCAUCUUGAAGUCAUGGUGGCAAGACGAGACGUACUAUUACUAUACGGGAAGAAAACUCCGUAUGGUAUCAGAAUCACUCUCGGGGUCAAGGGGUUGCAAAGCUUCAGCUUACCACGAUAAGGGUGAGAAAUAUCUCUAUCCUGCGCCAAAGAUCAGCAUCGCGAAUGCCAACAAAGAAGUGAUUUUAGUUUACAAGCAGAACAUUCCGGUGUUGGACAUGAAGAUUACGGGUGCGGUGAUUAAGUAGUCCCAGCUGAAGAGUAAACCUUCAUUAU